AUGUUGCCAGCCGGUUGGAAAGGAAGCGCACUGCUCUUCAGCAUCUAUUGUGCCGUCGUCUUGGCCGUCAAUCUCGGCGUCUUGAUAUGGGCGGCAACCUCCAAACCCCGAGGAGUGUCAGACGACGGGACUGUCAUUCUCCGUGAUGGCACCGACUCUGACCAAUGUUCCAGCAUUCAGGCGUUGAACAAGUGGGCGCACUUGGUGAUCAACUUGCUCAGCACGGUCUUGCUGAGCGGGAGCAAUUAUUGCAUGCAGUCUCUAUCGGCGCCCACGAGAUCGGACGUCAAUUCUGCACACAGCGCGGGAAGGUGGCUCGACAUUGGCGUUCUGAGCAUCCACAAUCUCAGAUGGAUCUCGCGAAGAAGAGUUUUGCUGUGGUUGCUGCUCGGCCUGUCCUCGCUGCCUUUACAUCUCUUCUACAACUCGGCCGUCUUCGUGUCCACCUCGUCCAACAACUAUGCCGUCUUCUCUGUCGACCGCACCUUCCUGGACACCAACCAUACCGGCAGUUUUGACUAUGUCGAUGUGUCCUACAUCCUACGUAGCGGCAUCCAGCCCGCCGGAGUCGCGGACUUUCCAUCUGAGACAAUCCCUGAGCUUGCCAGCCAGCUACAUGACGAAGCCAGCUCGAAUAAACUCGUCAACUUGACCUCAGAGCAAUGUAGGACGGAAUACAUCAAGACGUUCCAAUCAGCCUAUCGCAACGUUCUUCUUGUCUCCGAUUCCAAUGUCGAUGCCGACAUCGUCGACAGCAACAAUGCCACCGAAGUGGUGCGCUUUCUCCCCGCCAACUUUGUCUCGGAUUUCACGUGUGGAGGGACCCAGGCCUUUGCCUGGACUUGUUGUAAGUUGCUGGCCUUGCAUCCCAAAGACACACUUCGCAUGGGCUUCUCUGUCCUUGGAUCCCAUCAAAUGCCAAGCAUAGACUAA